UAAAAUAGACAUGCUCUGUUUGACAGAAACAUGGCUAAAACCAGAUGAUUAUAUUACUUUAAAUGAAUCUGUCCCCCAAGAUUAUUAUUAUAAACAUGAGCCUCGUCUAAAAGGCAGAGGGGGAGGUGUCGCAGCACUUUACAAUAACUCUCUUAGCAUUUCCCAGACGUCUAACUCUAAAUAUAAUUCUUUUGAGUACUUCAUGUUUUAACACCUAAUACUAAGGAUAAAACAUUUUUAACAUUUAUUCUAGCUAUUGUAUAUAGGCCUCCAGGGCACCACACAGAUUUUAUUAAAGAAUUUGGUGGGUUCUUAUCAGAACUAGUACUGGCCGCAGAUAGAGUCCUUGUCGUUGGUAACUUUAACAUCCAUGUAGAUAACGAUACAGAUGCCUUAGGAAUGACUUUCAAAGACACUCUUAACUCCAUGGGCAUUAGUCAACAUGUGUCAGGACUAGGGGUGUGACGACAUCUCGUGUUACGAGAUCUUGUGAGAUUAAAACGCAACGAGAUUUCUCGUCGAGGUGAAAAGUUGUCUCGUGAGUUGUGAUGUCAGCAUGAUGGAGCGUGAGGGUGAAAUUUGUAUUGAAGAUCCCCCUGCCACUUUUAAAUCAUUUGUGUGGCAACAUUUUGGUUUUCCAGUGGAAAUAAGAAACGGCGAAAGAGUGACAGACAAGACGAACACAAUAUGUAAACAUUGUAAGAAAACAAUGCCUUACACCGCGGCUAACAUGAGCACUAUGCAAAAACACAUACAGAACCACCACAGCUCUCUACUAAAACCAGCCGCACCUGUGACGAAAACAUUAAAAGGGCAAACAACUCAACUUGCAUCUCUUCCACCGUCAAGUGCAAGAGCCACGGCAAUAACGAGAGACAUCAGCGUUUUCAUUGCAGCUGAUAUGAGGCCAUUUUCUGUGGUGGAAAAUCUGGGAUUUCGGCGACUCCUCCUCACACUGGAACCGAGGUACACCAUCCCAUCACGCGCCCAUUUUACUCGCACUGUGGUCCCAACCCUCUACAAAGAAGCCAAGGUCAAGGUUGUACAGACUCUGAAAGAGGCAGAAAGCAUCGCCAUUACUACUGAUGGUUGGACUUCUAGGUGUACGCAGGGCUAUAUCACAAUUACAGCCCACAUAAUCAACAGUGACUGGGAAAUGGUAAAUUUUGUACUGCAGACUCGCCCACUUUUAGAGUCCCAUACAGAGGCAAACAUAGCUGAAGUUUUACAAGCAGCUGUCACUGACUGGGAGAUUAAAAAACCAAACCAUGGCAUCGCAAUUGUGACUGACAAUGCGCGUAAUAUGGAAGUGGCUGUGCGCAAGGCAGGACUGGAGCUGCACAUCAAGUGCUUUGCACACACGAUAAACCUUGCUACCCAGGCUGGCCUCGGAGUUGCGCAUCUCACUCGGGCGGGUGAGACGAGUAACAGCUUUUUUUCACCGGAGUUCAACGGCUGCCGCGUUAUUCAUGUCCAAGCAGAAGCUGCUACAACUGCCACCACACAAAUUAAUCAUGGACGUUACCACGCGAUGGAAUAGCACUUUAGAUAUGCUGGUUCGUUACCUGGAGCAGCAAGCUGCCAUAUCAGCAGCUCUCACUAGCCCUGCGAUGAGACAAAACGCCCAUAACAUUGAUACACUGGACAGCAGCGAUAUCUUGAAUGCCGAAGACCUUGUGAAGCUGCUGAAUCCUUUGAAGACAUCCACCACAGUCUUAUGUGAGGAGAAGAGCCCCACGGUGUCUCUCAUUGUGCCACUGAAGAGCAUGAUUGAACAGAGCAUGGCACCAAAUGACGGUGAUUCCCCCACCGUGGCCGACACAAAGAGAGCAAUCCUCAGUAAUAUUUCAGGGAGAUACAGCGGAGAUGCAUACAACCUUCUGUUAGAGAGCACUGCGCUGGACCCAAGAUUCCAGACUCUACCGCACCUAGACAAUAACCAACGCGAGUCUGUCUUCCUGAGGGUGCAGACAAAGGCUGAACAAUUGCAGCAAAGUCAGACCACAGGUGAGAAGAGUACAGAGAGGAGAGAAGAGGCAGCAGCUCACUGUUCCACACAUGGGGGAAAGGGGGCUCUGGGAGUUGAGUCAGAAGAGACAGAAACUGCUUCCAAGAAGACAGCGCUUGAGGAUCUACUAGGGGACUCUUUCUCUAAAACAGAAAAGUCCAGCAGAGGGAUUGAGAACGAAAUUGAUCUCUACAGAAGAGAGGCCUCUAUCCCACUCAGUUGCUGCGCUCUGAAGUGGUGGAGAGAAAACAGCUCUAAAUAUCCUUUGCUAUCGCCACUUGCCAAAGCAUACCUUUCCAUCCCUGCUACCUCUGUUCCAAGUGAGCGUGUUUUUUCAACUGCAGGAGACAUAGUUACUGCCAAAAGGUCUCAACUGCUGCCAGAAAUCGCAGACAUGCUUAUAUUAUUGAAAAAGAACAUGACCAUAUCUUAGGCUGUUCUGUGUAGUUAAUUUAUCUCUUUUUCAUGCUUGAAGAAAAAAUUAUUUUCUGUUUGCACUUUUAGUUUUGAGAGAGCAGUACUUUGAUUAUGGAUACACUUACUGUUUGCAUUUAAAGUGUUAUUUCUGUUAUUUAUAUAUUUAUUUUAU